GUCCACCACACUAUAGUCUAUCUCUAUACCCCUCUCCCACAUCGGAUAUUUUGGAAACAAAUAAUUAUUAAAAAUAAAAUUAUUGAAAAAUACUCGAUAAAUGAGAUUAUUAUAAUGGGUGAAUGAUAUGUUUUAAUUAUAUUACAGUUUCUUCAUUAAUUAAAUUAAUUAAAGAAAAAACAUUAAUUUCUCGAGUUUCCGAUUUUCUCAUUCCCUCUUCCUCGCUGCUGCUCUACAACAUCGCUUUUCAGCAUUUUUAGUGAAUCUUUGAAAGCUAUCACAUUUGCAGUCCAAAACAUGGUCUUCAUUUCUCUCCUUGUUCUCCUCCCACUCUCUUUGCUCCUCCUCCUUUAUGUCAUAGUUCGCCCUCGCCCAGUCACAGUUCCAAUCAAAAAUCGCCAUGUCUUCAUUACUGGCGGAUCAAGCGGCAUUGGUCUAGCCCUGGCUCACCGCUUCGCCUCAGAGGGUGCAAGGGUUUCCAUAUUAGCACGUGACCUUCGUAAACUUGAAGACGCGAAGGAAGCAAUCCAGCUUGCUUCUGGUGCCGAGGUCAGUAUCUUCAGUGCUGAUGUAAGGCAUUUCAAUAGUGUGAAGAAGGCAAUUGAAGAUGCUGGCCCUAUUGAUAUAUUGGUGUGUAAUCAAGGGGUUUUUGUUCCUCAAGAGAUGGAAAUUCAGCCGUUGGAUGAAAUUAAGUUCAUGAUUGAUGUCAAUGUGAUGGGAACUUUCCAUCUGAUUAAAGCUGCUUUGCCGAUGAUGAAGAAAGAUCGUAAAUCUCGUGGUCCUGCUUCUAUUGCCAUCAUGUCUUCUCAAGCUGGUCAGGUGGGAAUUUAUGGUUAUACAGCCUACUCAGCUAGUAAGUUUGCACUUCGCGGUGUGGCUGAAGCACUGCAGCAGGAAGUGAUUGCAGAUGAUAUCCAUGUCUCGCUGAUAUUUCCUCCAGAUACUGACACUCCUGGUUUAGAAGAAGAAAACAAGAGGCGACCCGAGAUGACAACUGUUAUAGCAGGUUCUUCUGGAAUGAUGAAAGCUGAUGAAGUUGCAAAGAAAAGUAUUGAUGGUAUAAAAAGAGGCUCUUUUAUCAUCCCUUGCAACCUUGAGGGGCUAUUACUGUCUAUAGUUACUGCCGGUCUGUCUCCACAGAGAUCGUAUCUGAUGGCUUUUGUAGAAGUGGUUUUUGUUGGUAUUGUACGUCUUGUAGCUCUGUUUUUCCAGUGGAACUGGUAUGGAAGCAUAGAAAAGUGGCACUCCAAGAAGAAAUAGUAAGUCAUGGUGGCUUGGUUUAGCCGGUUCUACUUCUAUUCGAUUACUUAGCCACCAUUUCGUGAAAUGCUAUUGAAUCCAAUCGCUUGCAAGAAAUUAUUAUUUGAAGCCAACAUUUUAUUUUCUGUUUUAUCUAGAUUUUUAUACUUGUCCAAAACGAUGAAUGAAUCGGGAUAGUAUGUCUCUACCGUCUUGUUCGAAUUGUUCGGUUGGUCCAUAUUCCAAUGUGGCGAUUUGAUUACCGUAACCACAUGUUGAUUUGAUUCUGUAUUCUGAUCCAACGCAUUCAUGAUUUAGGAACAUAAAGCUGCUAAAAGUCGCGAUUCCACUAGAGCUGAAUGCAAUCAAGUUCAAGAUGAUGUUGAUUUUGUAUUUUCUUAGUGUACAUUGUGUAUCAGAGAAUUUCGCUGUUGCUUCCAUAUCGGAUGGUUCAUUCAGGUUUUAUGAACUGCUAAA